UAGAUGUUCACUUGUUCGCGCCUACUUUGAAAAUUGUCAACGUCUGCUGGUUUUUAUAGUACGAGUUUUGUGAUCAUUAAAAGUUUUGACUGUCAGGAUGAGUGAUGGAGAGCUGUCAAUGCUAGAGCAUGAAACAUUCGACUUCGAUCUAUCCACCACCCCUGACAAAAACCAAGCACUUGGUGAAGAUGAACAGGCAGAAGAAGACGUGUUUUUCGGUCCCGUCGGAUAUACGGAACAGUGUAUUAAAGCAGCAAAGCAGCAACUCCUACCUGGAUCACCUUUAUCACCAGUUGAAGACCUAAAUACCAAGCAAAUGGCUCAACUCUUUGUAGGCUCCCAAACUGUGAUCUCUGCACUUGUGACAAAGACUGGUGCAAGCAAUAAGAAGAUUGCCCCUAGCAGAAGCUACAAAGAUAUCUGUGAUAAGAUUAACGAGCAGGGUGGCCCUCCUAUCUUAUCUUCACUAGAGAACGAAAAAACCAUGUGUAACACUACUCCAAAGAAGCCAAAUAUUGACAGAAAUCAACUCUUAGUAGACUUAUCACCUGGUGACAACGAUCAGGCUAGAUCACCAAGUUUUUACAUUCCUGUUAGUGUUGCUAAAACCACAGAAAACACCAAGCAUAUUGGAACAUCUUUAACUGAUAUCCUGGAGCUCGGAAACCCACAGGCUGUGACAGGGUCUGCCAGAUCUGCAGAGUUAGAAACAAAUUCAUGCAACACCAAACUUGUACAUGAUACAUUUGAAUCACUACUCUAUGCUGAGCAUGAGGAACCAAGUGUCACAGCACAGAGUCCUGGAACUCCCAAACUGGAUGUGAUAACAGUUGGUAGAAUGGGAAAACAGGAUGCCCCAAAUGACAAUUCUGUUGUUCCUCUUCUGGAUGGGACAGGAGACACUAAACCAGCAGCAACAGAAAAGAGUCCUGGAAUUCCCAAACUAAACUUGAUAACAGGUGGUGGAAGGGGAAAGCAGGAUAUCCCAAAUGACGAUUCUGUUGUUCCUCUUCUGGAUGAGACAGGAGAUAAACCAGCAGCAAUGGAAAAGAGUCCUGGAACUCCCAAACUAUACCUGAUAACAGGUGGUAGAAGGGGAAAACAGGAUGUCCCAAAUGAUGACUCUAUUGUUCCUCUUCUGGAAGUGACAGGAGACAAUGAUGCAGCAGCAACAGAAAAGAGUCCUGGUACUCCCAAACUGAAUCUGAUAACAGGUGGUAGAAGGGGAAAACAGGAUGUCCCAACUGACGAUUCUGUUCUUCGUCUGUUGGAAAUAACAGAAGACAAUAAACCAUCAGUGACAGAAAAGAGUCCUGGAACUCCCUCACUAGACCUGAUAACAAAAGGCAGGAUGGGAAAACGGGAUGUCACAAAUGAAAAGUCUGUUCUUCCUCUUCUGGAAGUAACAGGAGACAAUGACCCAGCAGCAACAGAAAAGAGUCCUGGUACUCCAAAACUAAGCCUAGUAACAGGUGGUGGAGAUGAAAAACAGGAUGUCUCAGGUGACAAGUCUGUUCUUCCUUUCUUGGAUAUUUCUAAAGGUGAUGAACCAACAGCAACAGAACAGAAUCCUGGAAUGCUAAAACUAGACUUGAUAAAAGCUGGAAGAGAAAAACAGUUUGUUUCAAAUACUACACAUCUUUCCCCUCUCCUGGAACUGUCAGUAGAUGAUGUUUCAAUGACAAUGGAAAAAAGCCCAGCAACACCAAAACUAGAACUAAAAACAGCUGGCAGAAAAGGAAACCAACAUUUUCAGAGCAACACUAAUUCGAUAAUGCCAAAAAUGUCAAAACAAAAUCUUAAGAUUUCUGGUAAAACUGCUGCAUUAGACAAAGGUCAUAAUGCAGAAAUGGAGUGUCCCAUGAAUGCUCGAACAGCAUCAUCCAGUAAACUAGUAAAGCCGUCAGUUCGUCGCAGCCUGCAGGCUCCAAGAAUUGUAACUAAACCCACUCCUGUAGCACAUCUGCCUCCUGCUUCUGCUAUCCAGUCGGGUUCCUCUGGUGGCAGUCGCUCCUCUACGGAAGACCCAGAUAAUAUGGUUGUGCCAUCUAAACUACCUACAAAACCAAUGAAAAGCAAGCUUCAGUUGAUGAGACCAGGUACCUUUCAUCAGAAGAUGGCACACAAUAAAGCGAGGGCAGCUACGGAGGCAAAGGCUGUCAGACCUGUGAGAGCAGCUGCUCUCGGGCAAAAAGCGCAAUAUCCACCAGUUAAUCUGCCUGUGAAAACCACAAGCAGCGGAAAGUUAGAAAACAAGGGCCCGACAGAGUUACAUGGGGUGAUGGCACACAGUUCUCCUAGGACAGGCCCUGCUAGCCGAUCUGUAGAUCCAAGUAUUUUAAACUCGCCGUCAAGCAAACAUGUCAAGAUGGAUCGCAUUCGGAGGCUAUCCUCCAAUGGUUAUGGAACACCAAGCAGAGCUAGUGGCAUUGCCCAUGCUCCUUCCACCACAGGUAAAAGACUGGCAUGUAUGGUGACCCCGGGGCAGCGAGGAUUAUGGUCUGUUAGCUCUUCUGUUCUAUUGUCUGAUGGGUCAGUAGCAUCAACACCAGGCCGUUCAAGCAGUGGAAGCAUAUCGUCACCAAAUCGAUCAACAAGAGGGAGCAUUCCAACACCUAACCGAUCACAGAAAGGGAGCAUCCCCACACCGAAUCGUUCAGUAAGAGGAAGCAUUCCCACACCAAAUCGAUCACUAAAGGGAAGCAUACCCACAUUGAAUCAGUCGCAAACUGGGGUCAACCCAUUGUCGAAUCGGUCACAGAAAGGGAGCAUCCCCACGCCGAAUCGGUCACUAAUAGGGAGCAUUCCUACACCAAAUUGGUCACAAAAGGGGAGCAUUCCCACACCGAAUCGGUCACAAAAGGGGAGCAUUCCUACACCGAAUCGGUCACAAAAGGGGAGCAUUCCCACACCUAAUCGGUCACAAAAAGGGAGCAUCCCCACACCGAAUUGGUCACAAAAGGGGAGCAUCCCAACACCAAAUCGGUUGCAGAGUGGAAGCAUUUCUAAAUUGAAUCAAUCCAUGAGGGGAAGCAGUACCAGUUCCACCGGCUCAGUGUUUGCAUCACCACUCCAGCCUAUUAAUGGCAACAGUCGCUACUCUCCUGCAGUGGUGAGGCAGUCCAUCUGCAGACGUGACGUUGUUAACAAGGAAAAUGGCAAUUGAUUGGGUGAUAAUCUUGCAGUUGCUUUGUAUAGCGUUUUGAUAAUUAUGCUUUACGAAUAUGCAUAUGUGAUCAUUUGAAACUUGCAUGAUGAAAAAAACGUUACGCUUCAAGUUACUGCAGUGCUCAUAAUACGUACAUAUCUAUUUCGUGCUGUCUUAAUUAAUGCAGGUUUAUAUGCGAUUGUCUAAAUAAUAAUAUAAGUGGGUUCUAAUAAGAUGAUAAAACAAUAUUGGUAAUUAGGCAGAAGAAUUAUCACAGGAAAACGCAUGGUGCGCAACAUCUGCAACAAUUGUUUAAUUAAUACUGACACUGGUCUAUGGCUGUGAAUGCUAAACUGUCUAGCAAAUAAUAACUAAUACAAUAUUACAUGAAACUUAUUAGAACAUAAUUGAAUGCAUUUGGGAUAUGUACGCAUGUAUGUAAUUUUUGGUACAUGGUGGUGAUAUAAUUAUAAAUAAAAUAUAUAAUUAUAGCAGAGUA